AUUAUUAUAGUUAAAACCCGGCAAACACACGAAUCACAAUCGCCUUCGCCUUCAUCCAAACGCCACCUCUUUCUCUCUUCCAAUCUCAAACACAAUGGCAACUCCCCAACCCGUUCCCGUAGAAUCCGACCCGACUCCACCGUUCCCCGCAAAAACCGACCCGGAACUUCCUCCCACCGCCUCACCCUACCUCCAAAACACGGCCGAACUCGAGAGAGUCUUCAACCGCUUCGACGCCAACAGCGACGGUAAGAUCUCCGUCGACGAGCUCGACAGCGUCCUCCGCACGCUCGGAUCCGGCGUGCCACCGGAGGAGCUUCAGCAGGUCAUGGAAGACCUCGACACCGACCGCGACGGCUUCAUCAGCCUCCCGGAGUUCGCUGCCUUCUGCCGCUCCGACGCGCCGGACGGAGGAACCGCCGAGCUCCGUGACGCGUUCGAUCUGUAUGACCGUGACGGGAACGGCCUCAUCUCCGAGGCGGAGCUUCAUCUGGCCUUGAAUCGCCUCGGGAUGAAGUGCUCCGUUGAGGAAUGCCGUGAUAUGAUCAAGUCUGUUGAUUCUGAUGGCGAUGGGAGUGUCAACUUCGAUGAGUUCAAGCAGAUGAUGACUUCUCAGAAUCGUAGCGUCAAUGGCUCCGGACCGGAGCAACUGUGAGUCUUCGCCGGUGUUGCUGCUGCUUCCACAGUACGAUUCUUGUUUGUUUUUCUUCUAUGAAGAUAGCAUAAAUAAUCUUUGUGGUGUGAUGGUUGAUCACACUAGUUAAACUUCUGACAUAGAUUGAAAUUGAAUCAAGAUGAAAAUAGAAAUUUUCUUUGGCUUCGUUUGUUGUAAAAUUCAAUGGAGCUUGCGUUCUUCGCAGUUUUUCUUGAGUGUGUUUUUUAUUCUUUUGGUCA